GCGUCCGGGACUGUCACCUGGCUGCCGGCGUCGGGCCGCUCCGGUGACGGCCGGAGCGCGCCGGGACGGGGCCGGUUUUGUUGGAGGGUCUGGAGGCCAGUGGUGCCGGCAGCGAGGAAGGCGCGGCCGGGAACCCAAGACGCCGUCAGCGGAGACUGCGGGCCCCCUGCCGGUCCCCGGCCUCAGUUUCCCGAGGUGUGGCGUGGGAAUCACUCGAGCCACGUGCUCUCUGGCCCCCGUGCCGCCCCACCGCGGCGCCCUUGGCAGAGGGGAGAGUGAGGCCCGGCACCAGGACGCCCGCAUCUUUCUACAGGUUCCGAUGGCGGCAGUGGCACAGACAGACUCAGCGCAGGGAGGGAAGCCUGCGUCUAGGCGCUUCUGGAACUGAGCUACUCGACCGGCAGAGGCAUGUGUGCUUGAAAGAGCAGGUGGAGGAGUUAAGACUAUUCCGAGAGCACCAGGAGAGUGGACUUGUUGCUGUUUUAUAAGGGUCUGAUGGCUUUUGAAGAUGUGGCUGUGUACUUCUCCCGAGAGGAGUGGGGGCUCCUGGACACAGCCCAGAGGGCCUUGUACCGCCGUGUGACGCUGGAGAACUUCGCACUCCUGGCCUCACUGGGACUCUCUGUGUCCCGACCCCGUGUGGUCAUCCAGCUCGAGCGUGGCGAGGAGCCCUGGGUUCUCAGUGGGACAGAUGUGACGUUGGCCAGGAAUGCCCAAAGCAGGCCUAGCAUUGGUUGCUCUCCUCCAGCAGCGGACAGAGAUGUUUCUGGAAAAGCAGCCCUGCCUGGGCCCUUGCAGGAGGGCCCUCCCCUGGCAGCUCCCAGGGCCCUCCCCACCACUGGUGCCUGCCAGCGUGGGAAAAGCCUGGAGGGCCGCGGCAGCAUCUCCCCGCAUCGGGAGAGGAAACCCACGGGGGUGUCUGUGAUCUACUGGGAAAGGCUCCGGCUGGGCCCCGGGGGCAGUGAGGCGGGGGUGGGCCUGCGGCUGACCUCUUCCCUGCGGGCCCCACCUGGAGAGAAGGCCCUGGCCGACCGGCCCCCGCUGGGAAGGCAGCCCCGGGCAUCCGAGCGGCAGAAGCCUUGGGCCCACGAGGCCCCCGGCAGAGCCUUCCUGAGCGGCCCGGGUGCUCUGGGCGGCCGAGGAAUGGGUGUGGCCUGGCGCGAGCCUCCGAGACUGGCUGCCGGGCCGGAUCCCCCGGCCUGGGCCGACCUGGGCGAGGCCCUGCCCGCCGGCCCGGGCCUCCUUCCCGGGGAGAAGCCCUUUGAGUGCAGGGCGUGCAGCAAAGUGUUCGUGAAGAGCUCGGACCUCCUGAAGCACCUGCGCACCCACACCGGCGAGCGGCCCUACGAGUGCGCACAGUGCGGCAAGGCCUUCAGCCAGACCUCGCACCUGACGCAGCACCAGCGCAUCCACAGCGGCGAGACGCCCUACAGCUGCCCCGCCUGCGGCCAGGCCUUCCGGCACAGCUCCUCUCUGGUGCGGCACCAGCGCAUCCACACGGCCGAGAAGGCCUUCCGCUGUGCCGAGUGCGGCAAGGCCUUCAGCCACCGCUCCAACCUCAGCCAGCACCGCAAGAUCCACGCGGGAGGCCGGCCCUACGCCUGCGCGCGCUGCGGCCGUAGCUUCUGCCGCAACUCGCACCUGAUCCAGCACGAGCGCACGCACACGGGCGAGAAGCCCUUCGCCUGCGCGCUCUGCGGGGCCGCCUUCAGCCAGGGCUCGUCGCUCUUCAAGCACCGGCGCGUGCACACGGGCGAGAAGCCCUUCGCCUGCGCGCAGUGCGGCCGCGCCUUCAGCCACAGCUCCAACCUCCGGCAGCACCGGCUGCUGCACACGGGCGAGCGGCCCUUCCGCUGCAGCGACUGCGGCAAGGCCUUCGCCAAGGGGGCCGUGCUGCUCAGCCACAGGCGCAUCCACACGGGCGAGAAGCCCUUUGUAUGCGCGCAGUGCGGCCGCGCCUUCCGCGAGCGCCCGGCCCUCUUCCACCACCAGAGGCUGCACACUGGCGAGAAGCCGCCGCGGAGGCCCAGUGCAGGCCCGCGCCCCCAGGCCAGGCCUCCUGCAGGGGCCUCCCCGGAGGGCGCGCUGCGGAGGGAAGCCAGGCCCGCCGCCUCCUCAGGCCCAGCCGCUGUUGCAAAGACAGCUGAGGCCUGAGGUAGCAGCCCUGGCCGACCUCGCCUGUGGUGAUUCCGUCUGUGGCUUCAGGGCCCCUGGCCUCUGCACAUGCACGCUUUGGAGAAGCCCUGCGUGUGCGCACCACUUCCGCCUGCACGUGGUGUCGAGACUGGCCGCUCGUCAGCAGCAGCUUGCGCCUCUCUCCCCAAGAGGUCAUCCUGCAGGAAGGUCGGGGCGGCCAGCAUGGUGGUGCCGGAUCCUGCAUGUUUUGACCGUAAGCUUGAAUGGGAAGGGCCAGGGUGGGGUGGAGGCAGUUCUGAGAAAUUUCUGAGGUUUACACACAAACUUUGGGGUUUGUAUGUAACACCCCAACUCCCAGGAUAUCCCGCCCACCCCCAAGGCCUCCAUUCUUCCAAGGCUUCCUGGGAGCAGGCGCAGUGCACAGAAGUCAUGGGGGGCAGGUGCUGGCUCGGCCAGGUGGCUGGGCCCUGAGCCUCAGCGCCCGGGUCUGGGCAAGAGUCGGGCCUGCAGAGGGGGUCCGCGCCGGGCAGGCCUGACCUGGGUGAGGGCCAGUAGGUGUCAACCGCCAGUCCCAGUGCUGAGUGCGGCAGGGUUUCUCCUGACAGCUCUUGUGAAGGGGCUGAGAAAACAGGCACAGAGGGGCUGGGAGCUGCACACAUCAGAGCCGCUGACCCAGCAUCUGGGAAGCUCACCACCUUCCUCGCAUACUUAGCCUGCCAGCUGUGAGGGCCAGGUGAAGCCUGCGUGGCCCCUGCAGUUGGCAGACCCCAAGGAGCUGGAGGCGGAAGGUUCUCGGGUGGGAGGGGAGGACAAAGACUGAGCGUGAUGGUUCCCCAGCUGUGCUUGUUCACUCAGAUUGUGGUCCAGGUCUCAGCAUCGGCUGUGUCCCGUUGCCGCCAAAGUCAGCAUUACAGGAGCCUUUCCGUCCCCCUACACUAUUGAGGGGUGAGCUUAACAACAGGUCAGAGGGGACAGGAUGGGGCAGCAUGGUUCUGUGUCGUCGAGUGGCCAUGUGCCUUCCUGUUGUUCCUCCCGCAUUGGAAGGAGGACUUGCCAUUACCUAAGGCUCUGUGUGGUGCCCUCCCAGGGUGACUCCCCCGAGUGACAUUCCCCACGCGGUGGGGACAAUGAGUCAGACAGGUGGGGUGGUGCCCAGUUGGUGUCCUGUGGCCUCGACCUUGGGCUUCAUCCCCAGGGGACUUAAUGGUCUUCUUACUGGGAGGGAAAGACUGGGAGAAGUUAAUCUCAGAGUCGAUAAACAUUGUAAACUUUUGCACAGCACUGCUUAGGUCCACAGCCUCCGCCUCCAGGUUAUGGUUCAGAAGGUUUUAACAAGAUAAGAGUCCAGAGAGGCUCCCUAAUAAAGGUUUCUUUUCAAAAACA